AUCUCUCUCUGUGUAUAUAUUAAUAUAUAUAUGGGUCUGUGUGUGUGAGACUGAGGACUCUGUAUCUUAUAAAACAAGAGACAACAGUUCCAAGCAAUCUCUCUAUCUCUUUAUCUCUUUCUCUUCCCCUAUAAAUUAGGAGGGAGAGAAAGACGAUCGAAAAGGACCAGUACUGGCCUGGUUAAGGAGUUUUGUACCCAGUCAACUCAGAAGAGGAAAUCGGAAGAAGAAGCGGAAGCAGAAGCUUAUGAAUUGGUUGCAGAAGAUGGUUUUUCCUGUAAGACGUGUUUGGAUUGCCGUUGCUGCGCGUGUAAAGUCCCGUAACAAUGGUGGUGGGCUAUUGAAGCUACACGAUGACAUACAAACAUGUGGAUACGAGGAUGUACAAGUGAUGUGGGAGAUGCUUCAUAGAACAGAAUCAGAGUUAACAUCAAACAGUCGUCGAAAGCGCAAGCCUAGAUCCUUCUGGAAAAUCUUCAUAUGGCAAAACAACAAUACUUGCUCUUCACCUUUCUCCAUAGACCAUGCUUAAUUAACAACAUCAAAGUCGGUGUCUCCUUACUACCUGCAACAAAAUAUGCAAGGAAAAAAAAACGUACAAGUACGUCGAUAUAAUUAGUAUGACUUUGAUAUGUAUCUCGAUAGGCUAUUGUGAUUCGAGUGACAAAACUCCAUAAUAGCCAAGUCGUUUUUUGUAAAUAUAUCAUGUCUUUUUUUUCAAGAUCCAAAUCAAGUCAUACAUAAGAAAAAACAUUACUUGAAUAAACCGAUGUCUUACUCUUUAAUGGAAAUAUGGAAUCACUUUUGUUGUUGCCAAUUGCC